GAUGGCUUCUUGUUGGUAAAAUCGAGAGACUUUUCCCAAAAGUUGAGAGCUUACUCGUCAAUGGUAUUGAUGUAUACAUUUUAACCUGUUGCAAGAUGGUGACAGAAAACGUGGACCGGAAUGUCGUUUUUAAAGUCAAGGUUGUAUUGUAGCCUUCCACGACAAGUGGUGGCAGUCUAAAAAAGUCAUAUCAUGAGUCAACUGAAAAAGUGUGCUGUGCUCCGCGAGACAACCGAUAACUUUGGCGCCUGCCCGAUACGAUAAAACGUAAAAGGGAAGAGAGAAGCAGAGAUCGGUUGGGCCAUGAACGGUGUUUCAAAGAAUAAGGAUAAUCUGAGUGGUCGAUGACUGUAGCUCGUAAAGUUAUUGAAUUUUUGGUAUUAGUAUGGAAAUGGAGGAUAAACUUAAAAUUUCUGGAGACAAGGACAAUGAAAGUCAUGAUUUUGAUUAUAAUAUUUUUGAAGUUGAUUCUCGUCAUAAUAAUUCAGUUGAUAAAGAAGAUGAGCCAAGGGCUGAGAGCAUAGAGCUAGAUGAAUGCAAUGCUAGAACUGAAGAGGGUCAGUUCAUAGAGGAUCGAAAACAAGACAAUGAUUUCACUAAUGAUUUAUCUAUUGUGCAAGUAAAUGUUGAGCUGACUGAAGCUGUCAAAUUCGCUGAAAAAGUCGUAGAAUCGGGCUCUACAGCGCAUGUUCAGAAUAGCUGCCUUAAUUCUCCAAAUGAAAGUCCCAUCUGCACCCAUGUCAUGGAUGUUAAAUCUAUAUCCGGUGUUAAGAGAGCCCGGAUAACAUUUGAGGAAGAUCAACCUUCAGUCCAUAUAUCUUAUAAUUACUUGACAAGAGCUGGUAAGCAGAAACUUGAGGAAUUAUUACAGCAGUGGUCAGAAUGGCAAGGCCAGCAUGGUUCUUCAUUAAAUGUAAGUAAAGAUGAUAAAAAUGGCAGUUCUUUAUUUUUCAUUGGUUUUUCCUUGUAAAAACUUUAUCUUAUAUGAUUUGCAAUUUACCCGAUGAUUCUAGGCGCUGUAGUCUAAGUUGACAAAAGCUGUCCCAGAAGUAACCCUAGGAGCAAAAAUGAAAACAUAGUUCAACACAGUAUAGAACCUAAAAUAUAGAAAGAGACUAAAUGUAACAUCUCUGAUCCAAUAAUCCAGUUCACUGUCAAGAUAUUAUCCACUUUGAACACACAGUCUAUCAUGGUUUUGCUUUUAGACUUUACAACU